AUGUCCACCGCGAGCGACGCGAGGGGUGAGGAGCUGUGCGCCAAGGCGCGGAAGCGUCUGGAGACGAAGAACCCGUUCACGUCGCUGUUCGCGUCGGGAUCCCGAGACGAGGACGCGGCGGAGCUGUUCGAGCGCGCGGCGACGGAGUUUAAACUGUCGAAGAAUUACGGGCGGGCGGCGGACGCGUACGCGGACGCGGCGAAAUGUCGAGAACGGAUGAAAGAGACGCACGACGCGGCGUCGGCGCACGCCGAGGCGGGACACAUGUAUAAGAGGUGCUCGCAAAUCGAGGCGUGCGUGGAGCAUUACACGCGGGCGAGCGAGAUGUUCGCGGAGAUGGGUCGAUUGAGCCAGAGCGCCAAGCACUUGAAGGAGAUCGGCGAGGUGUUUGAGAACGCCGGAAACGCUGGUUCGGGGGGUGACGACGCUCAGGGUUUGUAUGAUCGUGCCGUGAGCGCGUACGCGCGAGCGGCGGAGUUGUACGAGAGCGAAGAGGGAUCGAGCGCGACGGCGAAUAACGUGAAACUGAAGACGGCGUUCAUCCUGAGCGCCAAGCUCGAUCGAGACGAAGACGCGACGGAGAUCUUCGAAGACGUCGGGAGAGCUUCGCUGAGUAACAACUUGUUGCGAUUCAGCGUCAAGGGGUACUUUUUGAGCGCUGGGAUCUGUCGGAUGUGUUGGUGCGACGCCAUCGGAGUGAUGAACGCCGUGGACAAGUACGACGAGCUCGAUCCGAGUUUCAACGGCACUCGCGAACGAGAUUUGUUGCUCAAGUGCGCGAAGGCAUUUGAAAACGGCGAUCAAGACGAAUUUUCUAGCGCAGUGGCGGAUUUCGACUCGAUGAGCCGAUUGGACGCGUGGAAGACGACGAUGCUGCUCAAGGCGAAGAAGCGCAUCGUCGCGCGUCAAGAGGCGGAGGAGGACGAUCUGACGUAG